AUGGCAAAAGAUGGUAAUAGCAGGGACAACGAGGAGGUUGCUGCUCAAGUCGACGUCGGAACGUAUCUCCACCGUACCUCUAGAUUAGGGCACGACCUCAUCGUAUCGCUCUUGCUCAAGCAUGGCGCCGACCCCAACAUCGUUACUGACUUCGACGGUAUGACGCCCCUCUUGUUGGCAGCUAAGGAAGGCCAUGUUCGUGUGGCAGUAGCCCUGCUAUCGGAUGCUCGGGUCGAUGUCGGACAGCGACACGACGCGGGCGGUCGUUCGGCCCUUGACUUGGCGGCGAUUGGAGGGCAUGCCGAUGUCAUUUCGGCGAUUGUCGAGCGACAGUCGGACGUCCUUGACUCGGCGUCUGAUGAGACCGGGUUUUCCGCCUUACACCACGCCGCCAAUCACAACGCGGUGGAUUCCAUCGAUGCCCUCGUAAACGCUGGAGCGAACCUCGAGAAGCGAGAUGCCGAAGGCUGCACGCCGCUGGUUGUGCGUCGGAGGCCGCCUUGCUAG